CAAACGGAGAAAAAUAAAUCGUGGGUUUUUUACGUCCACUUGACUGAGUAAUGGGAUAUUUUACAGAGGAUUUUAUGCUAGUUACAUUUCCGGAUGGAUUUUCUGAAAUAAUCGGUGGAUCCUGAUAAAUCAAGUGAAUUAUUAAAACCAUUUCUUGUUUAGGAAUUGUUUUGUAAAGUAAUAGAGCUUCCAGAUUUUUGUCAGUCUUGUCUCUUGUGUGUUCUGCUGAUUCUGAUAUUGGAAAUCAAUGGAUUUGUAGUCUUAUUCUGAAAAUAAAAUAUCAAGUAUGGAAGAUAUGGAGCAAGUAAAAUUGCUUGUCCAGGAAGAAGGGAAGUCAGCAAGGAAUAUUUUGGCUUUCAAUGUCCCAUACAUUGAGGGACGGGCCAUGCCUUCUUCUGAUUCUGUAGGUGUAAAAAUACCUGUGAGAAAACCCCCUAUCAACUCCAAACCCCUGUUAGUGAGAUUGGAACACAAAGUCCCUAAACUAGUCACCGUACUAAAAAACUCCCAUUCUAGAAUAAGAUCAGCUUCAGCUGGAAGAGAUAGAAAAUCUGAUUUGCAGGCCCGUUAUUGGGGGCUGCUGUUUGAAAACCUUAGGAGAGCAGUUGAUGAAAUCUACUUGACUUGUGAAUCUGACGAGAGUGUGGAAGAGUGUAAAGAGGCUAUCAUGAUUUUAGAGUCAUGCACCAAAGAUUUCCGUAAUUUAAUCGAGUGGCUCAGAUUGAAAUGGAAUUAUGAACAGACACCUGCUCCACAACGGCCGACCUCUCUUGCUUGGGAAGUUAGAAAAUCUUCUCCUGCAAAGCCUUCCUGUGCUUCAAUAAUGGGUCAACUACAGAAAACUCCUGUUGGAUUAGCUAGACGAAUUCUCAAUUUUGAGGAUGAAUCAGCUUCCUCACCACUGUUUACGUCCACUGUGGUGGAAACUAAACCACUAACAGCCGAGUAUCCUAUUCAGACCAUAUGUGAAGCAGCUGAAAGUAUUAUACCAAUUCUACCUACAACUGAAACAGUUGCCCAACCUGCACUGCCUGCAGUUCGAAAAUCUGCUAGCAAAACGGUUCCUGAAGCCAGACAGAGUAAAUCAACUGAACAGUCCACUACUGCUGCUCGAGUCACUAACGUCAAGCCCAAGUCUUCACCCGUGUGGAAAGUGGGCAAAGCCAGUAAAAAUGCAGUCAACAGUGAGGUUCAGUCUCUGAGUCUAGCCAACAAGGUUCAAUCGCAAAGUACGACGCCAAGACUUCAGUCACAGAGUUCAUCGCACAAGACUCCGGUGCCAUGUUCAACCACAAAAUCUCUCCCAGCUCAAGCACAAAGUUGGGCUCAUGCCUGUUCGCGAGUUCAAAGUGCUCCUAAUUCGCAGCAACAGUCUCGAGCCAAACUCAACAAAACUGAGCCGCCGAAGGUUGUCGCCAGACAUGCAGUUACACGACAGCAGACGCAAACACCAGCAGCAGCAGUAACUUCAACGGAUGUUGACGAAGGAUGGGAGACUGUACGAGGUCGGACGAGAUCUAGAACUUCGCCAGCCAAGGCGACUCCUGGAUUGACGCGAGCCUCGACCAUGGUUUACGGUUCUCGGCUAGAAGCAAGACAGUCGACCAAAGUAGCCAAUCGUCAACCGACGGUUCGUUCUGGACUCGUUAAACCUUCGAUAGCACAGUCGUUGCCUUCCCUUUGUGAUCGUGCAGCUCCGAAACCUGAACCGCCCAAGGAUCCAGUUCCUCUCCCAGCUGUGCCCACAGAACCGGCUCCUGUCGUCGCUGUUACCAAUUCAACAGCACACGAUUCAAGUUUUGACGACUCCAUCAUCGUGUCCAGUGACGAGGAUAAAGAUGAAGCUCAGGAGGCUGCCGAAGUGGCUGAAGAGGAAGCAGAAAUGGCUCGCAGGGAGGAAGCCCUAACGAUCGAAGAAGAAAAUCUUCAGCGAGAAAUUCGCGAAACUGAACGCUCGGAUAAUGAAGGAGAUGAGACCUGGGAUGACCCCAUCAAUAAACGCUCCAGACAGGGUGCCAGUGGAACGCGAAGUUUUGGAGGAAAAGUAUCACCUUUUGCUGGAAAACUGCUCGUGGCCGAACAAAUGGAGCUGUUAGAUCAACUGGAAGAAGUAGCUGCGAUGGAUGGAGCGCGCCAACCUGGCCGGGCCCUACAAGUCCACGAGAAACUGAGCUCUCCCUCACGUCGACGUACGGCUGAGCCUUGCGAGGCCUUUCAACAGCACGAGGCCAAACAGCUGCGAGCCCAGCAGCACCGGGCGGCGUUCCGCGAGGAGAAGACGCGCAAAAGACGCGAAUUGACCAAACGCAUGGAGGAAGUCCGAGCGGCCAAGAGUUUGUUGCUGGAUGAGAAAAAGCUUCUACUGGAGCGCAAGAUGAAACGAGCCGAGGAGAAACGUCAGAAACAUUUGGCCGAGAUUGUCAAAAAAGCUCACGACGAGGAAUCCAAGAAGAGAGAGAUCGCCUUCAUCAACACGAUCGAAGCGCAAAACAAGCAGCACGAUUUUAUUGCCCGCAUUCAGACGCAAGAGGAGCGCAUUCAAGGCCUUCAGGAGGAAAGACAGCGGCGUCAGGAGGAACGCAACAAGGCCAAGGAGGCUCUGGAGGAAAGGAAACGGGCGUUGGAAGCGGAGCGACAGGCGAAAGUGGCGUUACUUCAAGAAAAGCGACGCCAGAGAGAAGAGCGGAUCGACCGCGAACACCAGGAGAAGGAGAAGGAGCGAUUGGAGCUGGCCAGAGAGAAGCAACGUGAUCGGGAGGAGCGCAUGUCGGCUUUGCAGGCGGCCCACCAGGCCUCGCAGUCGCAGCUGCAGCGAAAAAUCCAACAGAAACAGGAGGAAUCGGCCAGGCGCCACGAAGAAAACAUUGAGCAGAUUCGCCAGAAAGCCCUGGAACUAUCCAUCUUGCGCUUCUCAUCGGCCGGAGGUGCCGACGAUGCACCCCGUCUCGUCCACUACGAAACCGCCCGUGUUUGCAGCCUCUGCGACGUCCAGAUUCACAGCGAAGUGAUCCUAAUGAGUCACUUGGGAGGGCGGAGGCACAUGGAAGCCCUGAAAAAUCACUACGGUGGUAAGGAGCCGUCACGUGAGCAGUCCGAGAGUUCCAACUUGAAAUUCAUCGUUGACGCCAAUUACACGGGAGUCGGGGGCGAUGGAACCAACGACGGAGGAACUGUGGGCAAAGGGCCGGAUCGAAACGCGCCAGCCCCAGAGACGGAGAAGGAGAAGCGAGCCAAAGCGCUCAAAAAGAGAGCGAAAAAGUUGAAAUCCAAAGUGAUGCAGAGCAAUGCUUCGGAAACGACCCUCCAGUCGCCGGAUGGUGCCAAUAAGCAUCGCAUCUCGCGAAUUUUGCAGGAACUGGAGCGUGAUCCGGCCGUUCACGAUCGCCACUGGGGUGAAUUAGUUCGUCUGAUGGAAAAGGGAUCGACCAACGAGCAGCUGAUCUUUGGUGUCCAGCGUGGCGUCAAUGUUGUCGGUGACAUGUUGAGUUUCUAUCAAACGGAGCAGGAACAAGGCCGAGGCAGUUCUCCACUCCGAGUGAUCCUUUCGGCCGUCAAUUGCCUCCGACUGGCGGCUCGUUCUCAUCUGGACAUGUCCACUCAUAUCGUCAACAGCCGAGCGACUCCGCUCCUUUUGAAUGUCCUCGCUCGUCGCCUGGAGACUCUGGAAGGAAACGGUAACGGAGUUCAAGCUUCUGGCCAGCUGUGUGUUUCUGUUCAGCCAAUGUCGGAUGCUGUCGCAACGGCCAUCAUGAACACUUGGGUGGCUAUAGUUGAGCCGAUUCUGUCCAACUCGGAAAAAAUUUGUGCUCAGUCUAAUUCAGAUUUGCCGGCUCGCAUUUCCAGUUUAAUCAGUUACGCUGUUUCGUUGGGUCUUGUUGACCGUUUGGCGUUCCACGUCGGCGGAGUUGGCGGGCCAUUACUGGACGAACAAUCGGCUUCCAACGAUCUUCUGCUAGCGUCUCUCAAGUUCCUAACUUCGCUCGUCGAUCUGCUUCAUCUCUGCAAGAAGAACCAGCCGAAGAAGGCCAAGUCGACUGCGGUGGUGACGGACGCGACCCAGUUGGUGGAAGCCUUUCAAAUGACCGAAUUGGCUGGAGUCAUCAAUGCCCUUUAUGGUCUGCUACUCCAUCAAGGUGCGCCUUCAUCGUCCGCCGGCCGCCCAGCUGAGCUGCCCGAUAACACGAUUCGCUUCACCGUUGCCGCACUUCAAUUGAUCCACCGUUUGGCCCUUCUCGACCUCACCACUUUCCAGGCUAUCUUGGGAGCUGAAGGAGUCUCGCUCGAAUUUCGUCACAUUGCAAGUUUUCUCCUUUGGUAUGGCGUUAAUGUCCAAUCCCCCGUCGGCCACCUUCUCAACCUGACGAUCCUCUGCAUUGGUUUCUUCGCUACCGGCCACCACGACAACCAAAUGAUUCUCCAAUCUGGUCACAUGCCUUCGGUGCUGCAGCAACUGUGUCGCCUGCCGUUCGGCUACUUCUCUGACAAAUCCUUGCGUGCUAUACUUCUGCCCACCCUGCUGGCCUGCUGCCACGACAAUCCGGCCAAUCGGGCCGUCCUUCAGAAGGAGAUGAGCUAUCAAAUGGUGGAGGAUUACGUCAACAGCGAAGACGGCCGAUCGGUACACCUCGUCUGCACCAUCCUCAACGCUCAGCAGAACGCCGGGAAGAACGUCGUCGAGUGAUGAUUCAUUAUCAGUUCAGCUUCAUCGCGAUCCCGAGAUUAUAAACUAGGCAUUAUUUUUCCUUUUUUCUUUUCUUAGGCUUAUUUUGUUUGUUUUGGGUUUUCCAUCUCUUUUUCUUUUUCCCAACCAAGACAUUAUUCCUUGAAAUUCUUUUUUCUUUCUUUUUUCCAAGUUAAACCGGUUUGAUCAGUUAACCGCCGACACGAGUAUAAUAAGAUCCUUCAUAAUAUUUCCGUUGCACAUUUCUCGUCUCUCUCCCACGUUGUUUUUGUUGAUCUUGUUUUCGUUCUUUCUUUUUUUUUUUUUUGCGACAUCGAUAUCAAAAUGUUCGCCCCACCCCAUUCCGAAGAACGACACGUGGCUGGCGGAUGUUAUGAAUAUUGAUUAUUAUUUUCCGGUUAUAUUUUUUUCCUUUUUUCUUUCUUUUGCACACACGCACAAGAGAGAGAGAGACGGCAGUUUCUUGACUCAUUUUCACUCACUGUGUUUCCUCCCUCCCGGUAGAGAGUGUGUGUGUGCGGUGUGUCGAGUGUUAUUAUGUACUCGUCCUCCUCGCUCCUCCUAGAAGAUGUCAAUAAACAUCUCCCAUCGGCA